AUGUGUGCAUGUUGUAAAUGGAAGGAAGGGUGUUGUGUGUGCGCGCCGCAGGGCAGUGUGCAGGGCGGCGUGCAGGGAGGCGCGCAGGUGCCGCCCGGAGUGCCUCACUCGACCGCGCCGCCCGCCGGCGUCGGCGGGGUCCGAAGAUUCAGCCAAUAUUCCAGAGGGCGAGGAUACCGCGACUGGCGCACGCGCGGCGAUCCGACGCUCAUCAACUCCCUCUGGCGCAGUCGGCAGCCGCUCGGCAUACGAAAGCAACUCGGCAACGCGGAGGUAUACAUAAUCCUAGCGCUGCUGAUCGGGUUCGUGACGGUGGUAGUGGGGUGCUGGCUGUCGGACAACUGCUGGUCGCCGGAGCCGGAGGACGCGCUGGCGGGCGGGUGACCCGUGGCGGCGGGCGCGUGCACGCACGUGUAGCGCCCGCCGUCCGCGCCCGCCGAC